AUGAACGCACAUAUGAAUAUAGAUAGUAAAAGUGAGAAUAAUAAUAAUACUAAUAAUAACAAGAAAAGCAGUAACAAUAUGAAUGAACCUAGGAUCCCAGUUGUCGUUAACACAGAUAGUAUAUUGGACGAUAUUAAGGAAGAGUCUAAUAUUAAAGAAGAAGAAGAGGUAGAAAAUAGUGAUAUUGAUAACAAUAACAGUCUCAUUAAUGUUAGUAUUAAGGAAGAAGAUUAUAGCAAUGACGAAGAGGACGAUAAUAAAACUGUAGAACGAUCUACAAUGAUGGUAUUAUCAUCUGUGUCGUCUGAAACAUCAUCAGAUCAUUCUGUGAUAAUACACCAUCAUUCUCAUAAUCAAAAUGGUACAGAUAACAACAACAACAACGAUAAUAAUAACGAUGAAGACAUAAGUGCGAUAAAGGACACAAAGGAUGGGGAAGUUUCAAUACCAUUAUCAACUAGCUCUAUCGCAGUGGAUAAAUUUGUUAGCAACGAAGAGCUUGUUUUAUUACCACCUUUACCAAAUGAAAUAGAUUUACAAUUAGAAACACAGAAUUUAACAGGUUCGUUAACAAAUUCAAGUAAUAACGAAAACAACGAUUAUAUUACUGCAACAAAUAAUAAUAUGACGACAACCAUGGUAACCGACUCAUUUACACGAGGCUCAUUAUUAGAUCCUUCUUCAUUAACAUCUAACUCAACGCCAGAUAAUGAGUUAAAAUCAAUGAUGCUACUACCACAGGACACUGACAUGAGUAAUAAUACAAAUAAUACAGGAAAUCACAUAGAAAAUGUGUCAGAACUUAGGGUUACACAUGCUAUGAUGAAUAUAUCACAGGGGAGCCCACUUAUGCUAACACCACUUUCUGAAGACGGAAAGAUAUCUCCUUCAGAAUUUAAUAAUGGUUUGAAUUCUUCUUUUGAUUUAUCGAAAGCGUUUGAAAUGCCAUCAUCAUCAACACCAACUGCGGACACCGAGAACAAUAUAAGUAUAGUGAGUACAAUUCCUGAACACAGACGAUUAGAUUCAAAUUCUUCCGCGACGAUAUCACAUAAAUCAUCAUCAAUUCUGACUAAAAGAUUAUCAAACAAGUCAGUUACACCGAUUGAAAAUAAAGAUCCAAUAAGAAUAUUAAGGAAUGAAGAAAAAAUUUACCAAAUGUCAAAUAUUAACCAACAAGAAAAUAAUAAAAAUAAAUGCCAACAGCAACAUGAAUUAUCCGUCGAUCUUUCUACCGAAGUUCAUAUUCCUUACGUCUCAGACGCUUUAUCUUCCGACGAACCAGAUUUGACACCAUUGACUACACAUUCAAUAAUUCCACCAAAGAAUAAAAUUUACAACCUAAAUAAUGAUACAAACCUAGAUCUAAUGGACAUAUCUUCUCAGACCACAUCAAAUAAAAAGUUACCAUUUUUAAGAAGGGCGUCAAGCACGUUGUUGAGGAAAGCGUCAAUGAAGUCACUUUCGAGACAGGACUCUAACCUUGUAUCUACACCUAGAUCUUCCGGGACUACACCUAUAUUAGCAUCCCCAUCUCAAUUUGGAAGUGAUGUAGUUAGGACAAGAUCUAACAGUGUCUUACAAGAGACUACUUCAAGGAGGAAACCUGCAAUGAAGAGGAACGUUUCAUUUGGUUCCAGAAUGAAGAGAAGUUUUUCUAGGAUCGUAAGUAAUGGAAUGUCAAACAACGUCGAAAAUACAAAUACCCCAACUUCAUCCGAUUCUGAGAAAUAUUCAAUUUUACAUUCAGUUACCAAUGAUAUAAUCACUCCGACUAAACCUGAUAGACAGUUUCCGUUAUAUACUACAUUGACUUCUCAACAGCAACAGUCGUCAUCAAAUAUCCAAUCCCCGCUAGAUAUAAUACGACGGACACACAGCUUUACUCCAACAUCAUCAUCUAUGUCUGUAACUCAACCAAGAGGUUCUUUAAGUUCUAUCCCUGGAAUCAGUACACCACUUGGCUUAAAUGGGAACUCUGCAACAAAACAAAAGCAACAUCAGGGAACAAGUAAAUAUAUCGAAAUAAACAUGACACUACUAAAGGAUACAAAAUUCGUCCCACCUACAAACAUAACUGAUCAAAUUGUAAACGAUGCGAAGACUCUGGACAGAAUUCUUCAACAAUCGAAACUAUCUUUAUUACCAUCAUCAUAUGGAUCUAAUUCUUCGUCGACAACGCCUCAGAAUUUAACACAUUCACUGGCAUCUUCUAAUAGUACCAAACAGGAUAUAAAACUAGAAAAGCUUUCUAUUAAAAAAUAUGUAUAUUUGUUGACAUCAUUAAAGGAUGAAGAGAUACAACAAUAUGAUGCAAUAAUCAAAAAUCUAGAGGGCCAUGGGUGGUAUUCAAAACAAGAGAUAGAUAAUAUGGUUCGCAAGAAAGAUUUAUUAAACAAAUUGUGGAAGGAUAGAAUAUCGUUUUAUCAAAAUCAAUUAUAA